AAUAAAUAAAUAGCGAAACGCAAGUGGUAAAGGCAACGCUACAGUAGCAAUAAAUCAACGAACAAACAAGUCGGCAAUCACUAUAGCUAUACCCGAUCUAAACUGCCGCCGCAAAAAUGCAAAUGUGCGAAUUCGGGCUGCAAAAAGCCAGCAGCAGACCUGACAAUGUACAUUUUACAUAAACUGUGAUUAUGAGUUCCACAAAAUCUCAAGUAGCCCUUGCUACAAAUAUUCCAACCAACUUGGUUUGCUCCUCCGCCAACACCUCCAACAAUAUAACGGCCACAGCAGCAACGGCAGCAACAGCAGGAGCAGAAGCUACGUCAUCAGUGGCAGUAGCAACAGCAGCAGCAGCGGCAGCAGCAACAAUAACAACAUCCCCAACAGCAGCAGCAGUAGCAGCAGUAGCAGCAGUAGGAGCGACGUCGUCAUCGACAUCCUUGGCGGCAACGUUGCCGACGUCAUCAUCGACGGCAUACAAUAACGUUGCAGCCACAACAGCAACUGCAGUUAGCAGCAGCAACAACAAUAGCAACAACAGUAGCAGCAGCAACAGCAGUGAGGAGCAAUUGCCAGGCAACGUGACUGCAGCGGCCAACAAUUUGGGACGUCAGAAUAGUUUCGGCAAUAGACGCGGUAACAUGAAGGGCAAACAUCUGACGCGAAGCCAUGCGAUGCGUGAGGCUACAUCGCCUCCGCGUACCCCAACCCCGCGUGCCAAUGAGCAGCAUUCAGCGAGUGAGGCACAGGAGCACAACAACAAUAAUGCCAUAGCCAAUAACAACAACAACAACACCAAUAAUAAUAAUAAUAAUAACAACAACAACAAAUUGCAAGCACAAUCAACAGGCACUGGAAGCGGCGGUAAUGGACGAGGAAACUCGCCGCUGAUUGAAGCACCCGCCGUGAUUGUCACUAGUCAGCAACAACAACAACAACAGCAGCAGCAGCAACAGCAACAUAAGCAGCAGCAGCAGCAACAACAACAACAAAACGUGGCUGUUGCCGUUCUUAGCAACGAGGCUGAAUUUCCAAAGCUGUCGCCGCCGAAGAAACCCUCUGGGGGUCAACACAAUCGCACCAAUAGCAAUGGUAGCGGCAGCAAUCUCAGCGCUUCCGAAUCCAGCGCCAAUCACAAUCGCAUCGAAUACAACAACAAUAACAACAGCACCAACAGCAAUAGUGGCAAGAAGUAUGUUGUAGAUGUUAAAUCCAAUGGCCUGGACACAGCGCCAUCCCACAAACAUCACAAUAAUAAUGGCAACAAUUCGGCCACACUGCUCUAUAAUUCGGGCAUGAACUACAAAGCCUCGGAGCGCCAUGAGCGCCACGAACGCCACGAGAUGUCCAGCCAGAACAGCAAUCUAUCCAACAGCAACCAUGAUGACGAGCAAUAUCAUUAUGAGCGUGCUGGUGGAGGAGGUGGUGGUGGUGGUGCUGGGGGCGGCGGCAAGAAGCAUCGUGCCAAUACCAAUUCAAAGGGUUCCAAACCCCGCUUGAAGAACAUCGGUGGCAGCUCAUCGGGCAGCAUUGAUGGUGGCAGUGGCAAUGGCAACAACAAUUGUUCAUCAACUGGUGGCGCUGCCAGUGGUGGCGGCGGUGGUGCUGGAGGUGGUGGAAACUCAUCGGCCAAUUCGAACAACAGCAGCAACAACACCUCGGGCUUCAUAUCGCGCGAGAACUCGAGCGAACAGUAUACAGACUAUGGUGGCACCGACCUGCUAAUGUUCUUUCGCGAUACACUCAAUAAGAAUCCCAAGGAUAAACACAUCCUGCUAAAGAUUGAGAAGGAUCUCAUCGAGUUCGUGCAGGAAAAGGGCCGCGGUUGUGAGUUCCGCUUUCCGCCAGCUUCCUCGUAUAAUCGCAUGCUCAUUCAUCGUACGGCUGCCUUCUUUGGCAUGGACCACAAUGUGGACUCGGAGACACAGCAAUGCGUCAUUGUGGCAGUGACCAAAAGCACACGUAUACCCGAGAUACGCUUCAAGUCGCUGGUGCGCGUUGAUCAUCGCGACGACUCGCGCAAAUCAAUACUGAAGCGUGAUACGCAUAGUUUCGAUGAGGUGCGUCAGUCGACCUAUCUGUGUCCCGAGCGCUUCAUGCUCGAUCGCAAAUCGAAGAGCUUUGAGGAGCGAGAGGAGGACUUCGAUCGUUCGCGCAGUCGCAUUUUCAGCCGCACAUCGCAGCAGGACGGCUAUGGAGAGCCGGUGAACGAGGAGUGCUACGGCUGGCAUAAUGCCGAGCAGCAGCAGCAACAGCAACAACCACCGCGACCCAAACGAUCAAACGGCAAAAUGCUGCAAAUGCAGAACUCGACGGAAUCUCGUGAUGGCAGCGGGGGCGGUAUGCGGUCUGGUGCCGUGCCCAAGACGCACAACUUUGGCAACUACGGGGGACCACCUAGUGCCGGAGGUCCUGGAUCUUCACUGCCACGCGGCGACUCGACCAACUCGAAUAAGAGCGGGCGUGGUUUUGUCAAGCAGGACUCCACCGGAAGCACCAGCACACCCUGGCGUCUAUCGCCGUCAAGUAGCGGCUACAAGACACGCACUCAGUCCGUGCGCUCCGAUUCCGUCACGCCCUCGCCCACCGGCUACGGCAGCGACAGGCAGACGCCGGAGGCGCAGGUGCAGGCACAGGCGGCACGUGAGGUCACACGAGCCUCAUCCCUACAGACGUCCAGCUCGGCACCGGCGUCCGGAAUUGUCUGGGCCGUUACAGACAUUUUGAAUGUGCCAAUAGGCAGCGUCCUCAUAAAUCCGCAAACCCUUCAACCAAUUGUCAAUACAGACGGCUCCAUCUAUCACUACGACCCGUCCAACCUGCCACCAGGUCAGGCAGGUCAGGCGCUUCAGCACGGGGGUGGCAACGGCAACGGCUCCAACUAUCAGUCCAAUAGUGGUGGCAACUAUGUGUCGUAUCGCAAAAAUUCGCCACACCAGCCGCCAUCUCAGCAGCAGCAACAACAUCAGCAGCAGCAGCAGCAGCAGCAGCAACAACAACUGCCAUCGCAGCAGCCUUAUACAAAUGAGAUGUCCUGCAGCUCUACGGAGAGCUAUGCCGAGGAGGUGCAAUCGCCAGGCAUCGAAGGUGCCGAUGGGUACGACUACAGCGGCGAACAGGCCGGCGAAGACUCGAAGGCCGAUGAUUGUGAUAGCCUGGCCAGCGCAACGGCCUGCCUGAGCAUUACGACCUCGACCUCAACCAAGAACUACGAUAGGAUCGAAGUUCAAAAGUAUAAGAAUCAAGCCACAAGUCCCAACAUACCCGCCUGCUGUGCGGAAAAAGAGCUGCUCGUUGAGUCCGCGUCAACCCAGGAGAUGCAGCAUCCGGUGGUGGUGGAGGAGAAUGCAACAGUUGCAGAGCUGCCACCUAGUCAGACGCCAGUGCUUCAGCAACAGCAACCUUCACAACAACAACAGCAACAACAGCAGCAGCAGCAAGCUGUGGUGAUUUCUCAGGCCAAUGCUAAUUGUGAUGCCACUUCGUUGUCGCCCAGCUCGACGCCCUACAGCCAAUGUGAAGGUGUAGUUAGCGGCGCUAAGCCCGCUGGCGCUGAGGAGCCGAAGACCACAACCUGGACUUAUACGCAGAGCUACCAGGCGUCAGAUGGUUCCACUGUGUUCCACACAACGACUACACCUAAUGGCGCGCCAUAUUGCACAACCACAUAUCAGCAGGGUCCCGACGGCAGUAUCUAUGCAGUGCCCCAAGGCAUGCUCUACGCCUAUCCGCAGCCAGCUGUAAGUAACGCACCCCAGCUCUUCCAUCUUACAACUACCACCUCGAACACCACUGAACCGGUCUACUCUUCGCAGGAUGGCGAAAUGCAGGGCACAUACAUGAUACCUGUCUUCGAUCCAGCCCAGCAGCAGCGUGAGACCGCCACUGGGCUAAUACCCGCCCAGGCGAUUUAUCAAACGACCGGCGGACCAGCCACUGCCGUCAUGCCAGUAGCCACCACGUAUCCGACUGCACCGUUUGCGGCUGCACCAAACGGUGCCCCCAUCUAUCAGACGCCGGUUAUCUACUCCAGCGAUCAGUUUGCCACAGCGGCCGCCGCACCAGCUGGAGCACAACUGCAGCAGAUCCCAAUGGCCACGUAUCCCAUUAGCUACUCCUAUCCAUACUAUCAUCCCAUACCCUACUAUGUGUCGCAGCCGGCGUUGGGCAAUCAUGUGACUGCAACGCCCAUGGUGGCCACACCCGGCGCACCACCGCAUACGGCCCAGGCACAGGUGUCCGCGCAGCCGCCGAACGCGGCUCCUACCGCCACGCUCGUGCAGACGCCGCACACCCAGCCUCAUGGGGUCGCAGGCGGCAUGAAUCUCGCAACUGCAAGUGCGGCUGGUCCGCAAACGGUUGUGACGAAUGCCGCGAAUGGUGCGACGGCAGCUGGUGGCGGCUAUCAAGGUACGGCGACGACAACCUACCUAGGAGGGGCACGUGUUAAGCGCACACCAGGCGGUGGCUCCAUUCACUACAAUCCCAGCUAUCCCGUUGCUCCUCACACGAAUCCCCAUCAUCAUCCGGGUGCUGCAGCCUCGGCAGCUCAGUUAAUGGCAGCGUUGCCGGGUGCUGGACCCGCGGCCACAACAACAACAUAUCAUGCGGUACCAACGCUCACAUUGGCUCCUGCACAUGGCGCCGGUGCGGCUAACUCUGAUCUCAGCGCGGCUGCUGCUAAUGGGGCAGCGCAUCUGUAUGCCCUGCCCGCUCAGCAUGCAACGGCAUUGAUUCCGACGAACAUCUUUCCGUAUGCGAGCGUGGCUGGGCAGGCAGCACAGCCGCCUCAAGCAAACGCCGCAGUAGCGGCCACGGCUUUGGUUCACCCACCGCCACCUCCACACGCAGCGGCUCCAACGCAACCACACACGCACCAUGCUGUAAUUACAGCGACGCCAUUUUAUUCGGCGGAGGCCGCCGGAGCGGCAAAUAGCAAUGCCUACGGAGGUGGUGGUGCAAAUGUGGUCUCGCAGUCAGCGCCCAGCACACCGCUCUCCUUGAAUGCCCCAGGUCUGCCCACAAAUGCACCAGGGCGUCAGGCGCCACUCUUCUCCACACCGCCUAUUGUCAGCAGUUCGAGCAAUGCACCCAACGGUGGCAGCGGCAACAGUAGCAGCAGCGGUGGCUAUCAUAGCAAUAGCUCCACCCCGCACUACUAUCAAGGUGGUCACGCCAACGACGGAGGUGGUGGCAGUGGUUAUACGUCCUAUGAGAAGCGCAACAAUGGCGGUGGUGGAGGUCGCAAGCCAUACCAUGGCGGUGGCGGCUACAAUCCGCGUCAUUCUAUGCCCCUGGGAGGUGGCUCGGGAGCAGGUGGCAUGGGCAUUAUUACCGGAGCAAAGACACCACUACUGAACUCGAAUAACGAGCCAACGCCACGUGCCUCGCCCAGCAGUGUGAGCAUGGGUGGUACUCCGUCCUACCACCACACAUCGCAUCGCGGCCCACAUCCAAUGAGCAAACGCGGCGGUGUUGAUAACAACAAGCCAGCACAGAUGCCGUUAAUAAGCGGUCCGCCGCCCACCAGCUACACGCCCACCGGCACCACCGGCUAUCAUCCGGCCAAUGAGGGCAAACCACCGGUGCGUCUGAAUGCAGGCGCUGCCACUUUCCGUAGCCAGAAAUCGAUCAAUGCCGACUUUCGUCGCAGUGUCUCGCAGCGCAAUUCGCCCAGCACCAAUGGAGGAGGUGGUGCACCCAUGGCCGGCACUCCCUCCGGAAGCAGCAGUCAAGAGAGCAGCAACAACUCGCCGAACAGUAUUGCCGUAGUUGGCACCACCAACAACAACAAUAGCAACAGCAGCGGUAAUAGCGCUGCCAACACGCCUAACGCCUCGAGCACCACCACAACUCCAAUGGGUGGCACCCAGUAUGUCGUCGUAGAUCAGUCAGCGGCGAUGAAUAGCUCACCGCCAUCGCUUUGGAGCGGAGGUGGUGGCGGCGGCGGUGGUAACGGACCGCGUGCCUCGCACAUUCCAGCUCAGAUCCAUCACAGCGCAGGUGCAGCGGCCGGCGCAGGCACUCAGCAGGCCACCACCGCAGCGGUGCUGAGCGCUCUUGGUGGUUACAAUCCAGGAGCGGCCUCUGGUGUCUACAUUAAAUACGGCCAGACGUACUUUGCGCAUCCUCCUGUGGCCUUGCCAAACAGUCGCCGCUCGCCGUCGUCUGACAUUAGACCGCAAAUGGCGCAGAUGACUGGCAUGUAUCCCGCCACAAUGAUGAUACAAGCACCGCCACGUCAUCCCAGCCGUCAUCCGAAUCCAAACUACAAGAACUCUCGUCCACGGUAAGGACUGGACUCGUUGGACACAGCCGGCGGAUGCUCAACCAAAAAGAAAAAAAAGAAAAAGAAAAAAAAGAAAGAAAAAUGCAAACUACACAUAACGGCAUACCUAAGAUAUAUAAUUUAAAUAGCAACCUAAACUAGUGGAACAUAAUGUAGUUGAAAGAGCGAAACAGAGCAUAGGAGGAGCAACAACAACAACAUUGCGACUGGCGUUGGAAGCUAGCAGCAGCGGGCGAACAGAGGGAGAGAGAGAGGAAAGAUGUUGGACGGACUGCGAACUGAGCAAAAAUGCGCAUUAAUAAAGAAUGAAGAAAACUAAUGAAAUAACAAGAUAGAUAAAACUGUUAUCUUCCGGAAUGCAACAACAGCAAUAACAAGAAAAGCGAGCAAAAAUAGUAAAGAAAAUAGGGAUAAAUAGCGUAACAUAUGUAGUUAAGAAAUAAUGUACGAUAUAACUACAACAUCAAGAACAACAACAACAACAAACAACCAGUAAAAUCAAUGCUGUAUAUUUUGUGCCAUUAAAAUAGCGUUAAACGACAACCCUAAAAGCAAUAACUGAAAAAACAAAUAUUAAGACAGUGACACAAACAGACAACACUACACAAACACAAACACACCCACAAACAGAAACAUGAACCAUGGAAAACAAUUAUCGUUAAAAAAAAAAUCAUAUUAAACUUAGAGAAGCUACCUAUUACUUCAGACAACAACAACCACACAUAUGCGUAUGCUUGCGAGGACAGACGUGUGCUGUUGAUUUAGAUAGAUAGAAAUCAGCUUGUCGGACAGGAAAAAAAAUCCAAAAAUAGACUGAACUAAAAAAAAAAACAAAUAAUUAAAAAAGUGAAAAAAAAACGAGCACUAUGGUUGAGAACUCGAGUAUAUAGCAUACAUAUAUGUUCAGAUAUUAAUGCACAUCCGUUCGUUUCGUCCUCCAAACUGAAUGUCUGCGCUAAAGCAAGCUUUUAUUCAAAAUGUAUCUACAAUUUGUAGCUGCUUCGAUUUCAUCAUUCCUUUUCAAAUUUCUCAAUUUCACGAUUUUUGUGACUUCUUUAGCUGCUAGCUGCUAGCUACUAGUGGACAGAGAAUGUCGUCUUGCUUUGGUGUGUUUAAUUAAAUGCGUUUUAAUUAUGUUUGAACAAAAUCUCAACCAAAUGCAAAACUAACUCAUACUAUGUAGUGACUGACACUUGCCCGGGCAGCAACAAAAGCUAAUAUAACAACAACAGCAACAACAACAGCUAAACAACAACAACUACUGAAAGAUCGCACUGUCUCAUAGCAAUAGGGCUUGGCUUAUAUAUAUUUUGUAUUGCAAAAUUUCAAAAGCUUUUCGAGUGAAAAUUCAGUUGCCACAACAAACAAUACAUACAGAACACCUGUAAGCAUAAAAGCAAGAAACUACAUAAAGAAGAAAGGAAGAAAGGAUGGAAAAAUAAAAACAAAACAUCAUGAAGUUUAAUAAUAUUGCCUAUGAAAUGAAGUUAUUAUUAUAUUAUUUUGUUAAUUAUAUAUAUUCUUUUGUUAAAACUCACAACAAAUUUAAUUUGAUUAUUUAAACACUAUUAUUAAUAUUAUUAUUAUUAUUUACUUUCAAAAUAGAAUUGAAUUCAUUCGCUUAAUUUUGUUCCUUAUGCAAAAAUAAAAUCGUUGCAGUCCAUUUUCGUUGUUAAUCAGAAAUCGUGCUACAUAAGAAGAGCCAAGCAGCUACCCCUUAAUUGUUAAACAAAAAUAAUUAGCUUAGCGUGUAAUUACAUAUGUACAUGUACCAUUUAAAUAUAUACAUAUAUAUACACACAUAUAUAUAUACAAUAUAUAGGCAAGAAAACAGAAA